AUGAUCUUCGAUCCUAGUCCCAUUGAGCUUCCAUCUUCCUACGAAAAUGUUGAAACAACCGGCCAUGUCGCCGUCUGUCACUAUCCCCCAGGAACAGCGGCAGUCACCCCAGUUGUCAUUGUUACGUUGAAUCGUCCUGCUAAGCAUAAUGCGUUCACCCACCAAAUGGUCCUGGACUUCGAGAAGCUCUUCCCCAUGUUCGAUGUCGACGAGCGUGUCAAGGUUGUCGUUUUGACGGGCGCGGGAAGGACGUUUUGCGCCGGUGCAGACCUUGAGAUUGGUUUCGGCGGUGGCAAAGAAAAGACAACGGAGCAUCGUGACGGUGGUGGACGAGUUUCACUGGCCAUCCAUAGAUGUCGCAAGCCAACAAUUGUAGCAAUGCAAGGCUCAGCCGUUGGAGUCGGGAUGACCAUGACUCUUCCAGCAAUUAUCCGAAUUGGCUAUGAAAAGGGCAAGUAUGGCUUCGUCUUCGCUCGUCGAGGUAUCGUCAUGGAAUCAUGCUCCUCGUAUUUCCUCCCGCGUCUCGUCGGCUACUCAAAUGCCAGCUACCUCGUCAGCACGGGAGGAAUAUUCCCGCCUACAUCUAAGCACUUCGGCGACCUUUUCAAUGAGAUCCUCCCCGACGCAUCACAGGUCCUGCCGCGCGCUCUCGAGCUAGCCAGCGAGAUUGCCGAAAAUGUCAGCCCGGCUUCGUCGUACCUCAAUCGGGCACUUUUGUGGCGCGAUACUGGAUCGGCGGAGGCUGCUCAUCUCAUUGAGUCACGAGUCAUCAACCAUAUGUUUGCAUCGGAGGACCAGAAGGAGGGCGUUACGGCGUUCUUUGAGAAGCGAAAGCCGAACUUCAAGGCUAACCUUGAUGAUAACCCGCCGCCGAGUUUGCCGUGGUGGCCGGAGGUCGAUACUGGCCGGAAUCCCAAAGCAAGAGUGUCUUCGAAGCUGUAA